CAAGCUUUAAAUUCAAACUUCUCGCCAAAACAUAGACAGUCGACAGCUAGUCUCUCCUAAAAAUAGUCGCCUCGCCUGGCCGAAAGCCGUGAUGAUGUUCAACACGACGUCAACUUGUAGUUCGGGCUAUGGGGAACGCACACGUCAAACCCCAUCCCAGAAUAAGGAAUAAAAAGCAGGUACAUUGGAGAGCAGCAGGGGGACUGUGUUUUGGAAGCAAGAAGCAUUUGGACAUAGCCCGCCCGCAAGCACCUGGUAAGCCUUACCUCGCCUCGGACACCGAAAACACAGCAGAUCUAGUCACCAUCCGCUGGUCAAAACCGGUCAACGAUGGAGGUUCCCCCAUACAAGGCUACCUUGUGGAACACCGUCGCCAAGGUUCUCCGCAUUGGGUACGCGCUAGCACCCUGCUUGUCCAGCUUCCUGAACUUACUGUUAGUGGCUUAGAGCCAGGAUGGAGGUACCAGUUUAGGGUGCGUGCCGAAAACGCAGUAGGCAUUUCUGAUCCCAGCGAACUUUCCGAACCCAUAACCGUGACCCUGCAGAGGUCAGCCAUUACUGCCCCUCGAUUCACCCAAGAGCUUCAAGAUGCUACUGGUUUGGAAAACGAAAAAAUCGAAUUCACGGUAAAUUUUCUUGGCCAGCCAGCACCAAAAGUCUGCUGGUUCAAGGACACCUUCGAGAUCUUCAGCAGUCGCAGAAUAAGGAUCAUCACAGACAGCGAUAGAAGCACUCUGACCAUACAUCAAAGUUCUUUGUCUGACGAAGGCGAGAUCAAAUGCACUGCCACAAAUCGUGCUGGGCACGUGUCCACCAAGGCCAAGCUUACCGUUGAAGCGCCCCCCAGUAUACGAUUGCCAAGACAAUAUGAAGAUGGACUGCUCUUCGAGAUUGGAGAACAGAUCCGUCUCAAGGUGUCUGUGGCAGGACGACCGACUCCGUUGGUGUUUUGGUCUCACAACGGAGAAUCACUCAAGAACAGCGACCGUUGCGAAAUCGAAUCUUUCGAAACUGCAUCCAUAUUGAAGAUCAGCGAAGCGAGAAGAGAAGACAGAGGAGAGUACCAAAUCAAGGCUGUCAACAAGAUAAGCCAAGACGUCCAAUCUUUUUUGGUCACUGUUACUGAUAAACCUGCACCGCCAGGUAGGGCUAGAGUUGUCAUGGCUCUCGGAAGAUCAGUUACACUCUCCUGGAUACCUCCAGAAGAUGACGGAGGCUGCAAAAUAGGCAACUACAUCGUAGAGUACUACCGUGUUGGAUGGGACGUGUGGCUGAAAGCAGCUACAAGUAGACAGCUCACCACGAUGCUUGGAGACCUCAUAGAGGGUAGUGAAUACAAGUUCAGAGUCAAAGCAGAAAGCCCUUAUGGGGUGAGUGAGCCUAGCGAAGAAACUGAAACAGUUUUUAUACCUGACACUAAGAGAGGCAUCUUACAGCCACCUUCUAGAGGAAGAAGCCAACCCAGGGAAGUGAUUGAGUCAUCCCUAAAUACCACUCCUGUAGCUAUAAGGAGGAAGAAGCCAAGGUCUCAGUCAUCUUCUAGAGCUGAAGAGGAGCAUAAAGUUGUACAUUUUGGUAACAGUGCACCACCUGCUAGACCAGAGAGGUCUAAGAUCAAAAGUCCACCGAAGACGCCUGAAAUGUCACCAAUAGCCAGUAGAAAGCCGGUAGAUCGAACAAUCAACAAACAGUUCUUUGAACAACCGGGCAAGUCAAUGGCAAGGGAGAUGGCUUAUGGCAGCCCUGAGAUAAAAGUCAGGAAAGAGCCGUACCUGAGCAACUCCAGUAGUUCUGAUAAAUCUAGGACGCCUAGCCCCGCGGUAAAUCAAUCUACAGAUCAUAAGAAGUACACAGUGAAGAUUGAAAAAGGCCUAGAGGCUCACACGAAGCAACCUGAACCUUUUGCGAGGAACAAGUCACCUACCCCAGAGCCUGUGGCAAAUUCACCAAUUACUCCAAAUGUAGAGGCGGAUAAGAAACCUUCAAGUCCCCAAACUGACAAGAAAUCAUUGACUCCAAGUCCUAAGUCUAACAGGAAGCUACCAAGGGAAAACAGCGAGAAUUUUACUGGAAGUUCGGAAUUUAUGUUGGUGCUCUAUCCUGGCUUGAAUGAAAUUGGUCAGUCAGAUUUCGACUUCAACGACAAUCUGGUUCCUCCACCAAUGUCUCUAUCUGCACCGGAGCUAGGCAUCGAAGAACCUCCAAAAUUCAAUAUCCUCAGAAGCUCUUCUAGCUCUUCCGAGCUCUUGCACGAAAGAGCUAUGAUAAGGCUGUACGAAGCAGCUGAGGCAGAAGAAAAGGAACUGGAGAGAAGACGUUGUGAAGGCGAAGGCAGAACCAUGAGCGUUCCAAAGAUUCUCAUCAACUCCAAGGAUGACCAAAAUAUAGUUGGACUGGAAAGACGUAACUCAAUCCAGAGAAGGAUGUCAGCAGGUGGGAUCAGUCAUCAGCAAGCGAUUUGGGCUCAACGUAGAGCGAGUCUUAAGAGCCCUGCUGAGAUGAGGAACGAACUUAUACAACAGAGGUCGUUGAGUAAAAUCUCAGCGACUGCAGAUGAGAAGAGGUCACUGAUGAUGGACAGGCAGAGAUCGGAGUCUGAAGAAAAGGAAGAGCAGGCACUAGAAGAUAUUAGGCGUAGAAUGCAGGUGAGAUGCAAACAACUUAUUUUCCUGAGGAAUCAUUCUAUUUUGCCAAGCAACACUAGGUCAACGCUAAGUCUAGUGGUUUAAGUAAUAUUUGUAACACGUUUUGGCGACUGUUGAGUUCGAAGUUAAUAGCGAUCUUUAAAUUACAGAGUCAAUCAAGCUUCGAGAGGCGAAAAAUAGAAGUCGUAGACGAGGAAAACUGGGCCGAAGAUUAUACCUCGAGUACAGAGUCUGAUUCAGAGAUAUCAGAAUCUGAAGAUGAAAGACUGUUACGGGCAACAAGAGACAUCUCAACGCGUCAGUCGUACGAUUCUGAGGAAGAAGAGCCAUACCAUCCAGGAGGUCUAGCAUUGAGGUCACUGAGCGAUGACAAGCCAUUUGAGAUACUGACAAAGCGUAAGGAACCGCCAAGUCCAGAUUUUGUACCAAAACCAAUACUUAAAAAAUCCGAUAAAGGGAUCGUGACACCUUUGCCAACGACUUCUCCUCCAGCGCCGCCCCCAAAAAGAGUUGGAUCACCAAUACCCACAAGGUCACCACCAAUGUCACCAACAAGAAGGGCUGGGUCACCUAUACCAGCUAGGUCACCGCCAACCUCUCCUAUACGAAGAAUAAUGUCACCAAUACCAAGCAUGUCGCCACCAAAUUCACCAAAGAAUAGCAUAUCACCUCCUUUGUCUCCUCUAAGAGAGGUUUCUCCAACCCCAAACAACAACUUCAAUAGGAGUCGGUCACAAUCUCUAGCUGCUACACCUGAGGAUUUUGAAGCCAUUAAAAAGCUUAGUACGGGGAAUAUACCAAAAAGACAAAGGUCUGCAUCCUUACAUCAUGCCUUACAAGAAGAGUACAUGUCUAUGUUGUCAGAGUAUCCUAAUAAACCGACAACAUCUGAUCUACCAGAUAUUUCAAAGCCAGCUCAUCUGAUGCAUACUGUUUCCGCCGUAGCUCAAAUAUCAGGUAUUACUGCAGCUAGUGUAGUUAUACCAGGGCAGCUUUUGGACAAGAAGAAAGACGAGGAAGAAGCUAAGGUUGUUAUAGAUCAUUAUGGUGAUAUAGUAAAAAGCUAUGGGGCUAAGAAGCGAAGUAAUCCUCCAAUUUAUAUGGAUAGAGAUUCCUUAAAGAAGGCUGCUGAGAGCUCACAAAACGAAAGUUUUGAAGAAGAAGUUGAGACUGCAGAAGAGAACUUAGGGACGAAUAAGUUCACUGACCAUUAUACAUCUCAAAGAAGAGACAGUUUGACAAAACCAACCACUACUUUAAGUCAUGCUAAAGGUUCUUCACCUGAUUACCAAAAAUCGCCUCCAAGGGAGGAACCACCAGAAAUAGAGACAAAUAAGUUUAUUGACCACUAUGUAUCGCAAAGAAGAGACAGCUUAACAACACCAAAAGCUGCCUCAAAUCAUGUUAAAACACCUUCGCCUACUCGUCAAAAGACACCCUCACCAAAACGAAUAUAUUCUGCGUCUCCAAUGAGACAUAGACCUCAACUAGCCAUGUCUCCGGUAAGAGUUGAAAAUUGGAGUCCACCAAAUCACCAAGUAGAGACAAAUAUACAUCGGGGCACUUCUCCAGUUAGGCACAGAAGGACGGGUCCUUCACCAAUGAGGACUGAAAGGGGCAGAAAGAGUGGACCUUCCCCAAUGAGGAACACAGAAUCCAAUAAGAAAUCAUCACCAUCACCAAUAAAGAUACCAGGUAAAAGAAAAGCCUCACCAUCUCCUAUGAGGCAAUGUAUUACUGGGGCGCAAACUGGAACAAGAACGUAUUCUGGACAUCGACCUCUUCUUAAGGAAAUAAUGACCCAAACAUCAGAAGGACUAAACUCGUUUGACAGUGAUGGUUACUCAAGAACAUCAAGUCCGGCAUAUCAAGAUGAACUUAUGGAGAGGGCAAAGGUCACUGUUAGAAGUACUGUGGACUACAUUACUGAUCUAGCUAUGUUUGCUGUAGCAUGUUGGCUGUACAUAUUCAAACAUGAGCUGUUAGCUGUUCCAGUACUAUUGGUAUUGGCGUAUAGACAACUCCAGGCUGAAAUAUCAAAAAGAAUUCCAAAUUGGUUGUUACGACUGGCUAAGAGAUUCCAGCGCAAAAAGCAAACCUCUUAAAAACUGCAAUAAUCUGUAGGUGCAGAAAUAACUAAUAUUUUUGUAGCACUAAACAUUCAUUGAAAUCCUACUUUGAAAAUUCGUAUGCAUCCAGCAUAUUCUCCUACUCAAGAUUGUUUUAUGAAAUCUAUGAUUUCCUUUCUGAAGAGUAUGUAUGUUAUAUUAUGUUAUGAAACUUCAAAUGAAUCAAGGUUUUCUUUCAC